GAGAUUAAGCAACCGCCACCAAGCUGCCAAGUAUGUGGGAGUUCCGGUCAAUGUUGUUCUGGAGGGCGGUUUUCGCCGAGUUCUACGGCACCAUGUUCUUCGUGUUUUUCGGGAUGGGUGCCGCCAUGCGCUUCACCACCGGCCCCUACUACGUGUUCCACAUGGCGUUUGGCUUCGGUUUGGCGGCCGCCACCUUCAUCCAGUCCAUUGGCCACAUCAGCGGGGGCCACAUCAACCCUGCCGUCACUUUCGCCUACCUGAUUGGCUCUCAGAUGUCCCUGUUCCGUGCCUUCUUCUACAUGAUAGCCCAGGUGAUGGGAGCUUUGGCCGGGGCCGCCGUACUCUACGGGGUCACGCCGAACAACUUCCGAGGCAGCAUGGUGCUCAAUACGCUGCAGCCGGGUAUCAGCCAGGGCAUGGCCACCACGGUCGAGAUCUUCCUCACGAUGCAGCUCGUGAUCUGCGUCUUCGCCGUGACCGACGAAAGGCGCAACGGACGCCUCGGCUCCGCCGCCCUGUCCAUCGGCUUCUCCGUUCUCAUCGGACACUUGUUCGGGAUGUAUUACACAGGAGCCGGUAUGAACCCUGCCCGGUCCUUCGCCUCCGCCGUGUUUGUCAGGAACUUCUUCAACCACUGGAUAUACUGGGUGGGUCCUAUGGUUGGAGCCGCGAUGGGAGCUCUGCUGUACGACUUCAUGCUGUUCCCCCGCAUGCGCGGUCUGUCCGAGAGACUGGCCACGCUGAAGGGCAGCCGCCCCCCCGAGGCCGAGAGCCAGCAGGAGACCCGCGGGGAGCCCAUCGAGCUCAAGACGCAGGCCUUAUAAACGCCGUGUCGACACCGCCCCCGCUCCCACUCCCCCAGACACAC